GAGGAGCAGACGAGCAAUGAUGAAGGAAGACACACGGAAUCGUAAAAGGAAGAGAGGGAAGCGCCGCCAAAAACCCGCCGCCUCUCCGCCUCCUAGCGGAGAUAAUGCUUCUUUUGUUAAGCACAAAUCCGGCGAUUCAUCCUCGGUUUCUGCCUUGCAGAGCAAAACCAUCUCUAAACCCAACAAAACUUCAUCAUUUAUCGAUAAGAUGAAGGCGAGAUUGUCAGGGGGACACUUCCGUAUGAUUAAUGAGAAGCUUUACACAUGCUCUGGAGACGAGGCGCUGAACUAUUUCAAACAAGAUCCGCAGUUGUUUAGUGUGGUAAGUUUGCUUUCUAUGUCCAAUCUCCGUAAAUAAAUCCAAAACAU